AUUCAAGUCCUGUUUGAAGAACCAUGAGAUCUCUCCUCAAGAUGUUUCCACAAUCGGGGAAAUCGCUCGUCUUGCACAACUUUCCGGAUCCCACCGACGCCUGGGACAUCAUCGAGACCAUCGGGAAGGGGACCUACGGGAAGGUCUACAAGGUGCUCAACAAGCUGGACGGGAGCAAAGCGGCCGUGAAGAUCCUGGAUCCCGUCCACGAUAUCGACGAGGAGAUCGAAGCCGAGUACAACAUCCUCAAGGCCCUCUCGGACCACACCAACGUCGUGAAGUUCUUCGGGAUGUACUACAAGAAGGACGUGAAAUGCGGUGACCAGCUGUGGCUGGUGCUGGAGCUCUGCAACGGCGGCUCCGUGACCGAUCUGGCCAAAGGCCUGCUGAAGAGGGGGGACCGGAUGGAUGAAGCCAUCAUCGCCUACAUCUUGCACGAGGCCCUCAUGGGCCUCCAGCACCUGCACGUCAACAAGACCAUCCACCGCGACGUCAAAGGCAACAACAUCCUGUUGACGACGCACGGAGGCGUCAAACUCGUGGAUUUCGGCGUUUCGGCCCAGCUGACAAACACCCGCCUGAGGAGGAACACCUCGGUGGGAACUCCCUUCUGGAUGGCUCCGGAGGUCAUCGCCUGUGAGCAGCAGCUGGACUCCACCUACGACGCCCGCUGUGAUGUGUGGUCCCUCGGCAUCACCGGCAUAGAGCUGGGAGAUGGAGACCCCCCCCUCUCCGAGCUCCACCCGAUGAGAGCGCUUUUUAAAAUACCCAGAAACCCUCCUCCUACUCUCCACCAGCCUGAGCUCUGGUCCGCCGACUUCAACGACUUCAUCUCCCAAUGUCUGAUCAAGGACUUUGAGCAUCGGCCCAAUGUUCUCGACCUGCUGCGUCAUGUGUUCAUCAAGCAGACGGUCGGCCGAGAGAAAAUACUGCAGAAACAAUUGAUGGAACUUAUUGAUCUGAACCAACAAAUCGGAGUCAUUGAUAAAACAAGCCAUCAUGGAAAGACAGACCGCGGCACAGACAGUAAUGACAGGCAUGAACGCAUCCACACGAAAAGAGGAGGCCACAUGAAGACACAGAGCGACCCCGAUGAGGUGGACGACCUCGCCACCCUCGAAGUUCUCGAUGAGAACACGGUCACCGAGCAGCUCCAGAGUCGCUACGGGCGAGAUCAGAUCUACACGUGCGUGGGAGACAUCCUCAUCGCCGUCAAUCCUUUCCACAAGAUGGAGAUAUACACUCCGGAGCACACCAAGAUGUACAUAGGAGCCAAGCGUACGGCGAACCCGCCGCACAUCUUCGCCGUGGCCGACGUCGCCUACCAGUCCAUGGUGUCCUAUAACACGGACCAGUGCGUUGUGAUCAGCGGGGAAAGCGGCGCUGGGAAAACGGAGAGCGCUCACCUGUUGGUGCAGCAGCUCACCGUUCUGGGAAAGGCCAACAACCAGUCGCUGCAGGAGAAGAUCCUGCUGGUCAACAGUCUGGUGGAGGCGUUCGGCAACGCCUGCACCGCCAUCAACGACAACUCCAGCCGCUUCGGCAAGUACCUGGAGAUGAAUUUCACCUGCGGAGGAACCGUGGUCGGAGCGCAGAUCUCAGAGUACCUGCUGGAGAAAUCCAGGGUCAUCCACCAGGCAGUAGGCGAGAGGAACUUCCACGUCUUCUACUACAUCUACGCCGGCCUGGCCGACAGGAAGAAACUCGCCCACUACAAGCUCUCCGACAGCAAGACGCCAAAGUAUCUGAACGAGCAGAUUAAAUUAGGGCCUGACAUCGUGAGCAACACCUUCUACAAGGAGCAGUUCGAUGCGGUGGAGCAGUGUUUCAAAGUCAUCGGAUUCACCCUGGAGGAGCUGGGCAGUGUUUACAGCACUCUGGCUGCCAUCCUCAACUCGGGCGAUAUCGAGUUUUCUGCGGUUGCCUCGGAGCACCAGACCGACAAGAGCGACAUCUCCAACACCUCUUUCCUGGACAACGUGGCGUCGCUGCUGUGCAUCCGCUCGGACGAGCUCCAGGAGGCCCUGACCUCGCACUGCGUGGUGGCCCGCGGGGAGACCAUCGUCAGGCCCAACACGGUGGAGAAGGCGGUGGAGGUGAGGGACGCCAUGGGCAAGGCGCUCUACGGCCGCCUCUUCAGCUGGAUCGUCAACCGCAUCAACGCGCUGCUGCGGCCCGACAGCCCCCUCGGAGAGGAGGAGAACGGCUUGAACAUCGGCAUCCUGGACAUCUUCGGGUUCGAGAACUUCAAGAAGAACUCCUUCGAGCAGCUCUGCAUCAACAUCGCCAAUGAGCAGAUCCAGUUUUACUUCAACCAGCACAUAUUCGCCUGGGAACAGGACGAGUACCUGAGCGAGGAGGUGGACGCUCGGCUGAUCGAGUACGAGGACAACCGGCCCCUCCUGGACCUGUUCCUGCAGAAGCCCAUGGGGAUGCUCUCCCUGCUGGAUGAGGAGAGCCGCUUCCCACAGGCCACCGACCAGACGCUCGUAGAGAAAUUCGAAAAUAACCUGAAGUCCAAAAGCUUCUGGAUACCCAAGAGGGUCGACCUGUGCUUUGGUAUCCACCACUACGCCGGGAAGGUGAUCUACAGCGCCGCGGGCUUCUUGGCCAAGAACAGGGACGCGCUGCCGGCCGACAUCGUGCUGCUGCUGAGGUCGUCGGAAAACGAGCUCACGCGCAAGCUGGUUACGAAUCCGCUCACCAAGACGGGUAACCUCGCCCACACCAAGGGCAAAGGCAUGAACACCAUGCGCAGCCAGCGGACCCCGACGCGCUCCAUCACCUUAGCCAAGAUGGGAGUGCUAACCUUGUACAAUUCUUUCUCCUUUAGCGAGUCUUCUCGAGAUAUAAAGAUCGUCCCCGAAGAGAAACGCGUGCGUCCUCUCGAUGACGCGGUACAAACGCCGGGUGAAGCUGGAGACGCCCCGUACCACCCGAGAGAAACCACCAACAUGAGAACCCAGACGGUGGCCUCCUACUUCAGGUACUCUCUGAUGGACCUGCUGUCCAAGAUGGUGGCGGGCCAGCCUCACUUCGUCCGCUGCAUCAAACCAAACAAUGACCGCCAAGCCAACAAGUUCGACCGGGAGAAGGUCCUGGUCCAGCUGCGGUACACCGGCGUGCUGGAGACCGCCAAGAUCAGACGGCAGGGCUACUCCCACCGCAUCCAGUUCGCCAGCUUCAUCAAGAGGUAUUACAUGGUGGCGUUCCACGCUCAAGAGGAGCCGCCCGUGUCUCAAGAAACGUGCGCCACCAUUCUAGAGAAGGCCAAGCUGGAGCACUGGGCCAUGGGCAAGACCAAGUCUUGUGUGUCUCAGGUGUUCCUGAAGUACUACCACGUGGAGCAGCUGAACCUGAUGGUGCAGCAGAUCACCAAGAGGGUCGUUCUGCUGCAGGCGUACGUCCGAGGCUGGAUGGGAGCCAAGCGAUACCGGCGGAUACUGAAGGAUCGAGAGCAGAGCGCUCUGGUGCUGCAGUCAGCUUACAGGGGUCAUAAGGUUCGGAAGAGGGCGGCUGACGACAAAAGCAAAGCGAAGCAGGAGGCCUUCACCGUCCAGUUUCAGGCCGCUUGCAGGGGCUACCUUGUGAGAAAGAAAUACAAGGAGUUGGUAGAUGAGAAGAACAAAGCUGCAACCAAGAUUCAGGCUCGCUACAGAGGCCACAAGGAAAGGAAAAGCUUCAAGAGAAAACGGGAAGAGAAAGAGAAAGAGAAUGCAGAGAAGGCCGUGAAAGAAGGAGAGGGAGAGACUCCUGAAUCGGAGAAGCUCCCAGAAGAUGGAAAUCUCCCUCCUGCAGUCGAGGGAGCGGCUAACGAGGAAGUUGAAACAAAGGCGGCCGUGGUUCUGCAGAGCAACUUCAGGGGCUACAAAGAGAGGAAAAAGUUUAAGGAGAGAAAGAAGACGUUGGCCGGGGACGAGCUGGAGUUGCCGCCGGAUGCGGCCGCGGAAGGAGAAAGUGGGGGAGAGCCUACCGGAAAGGAGGAGGAGAAGACGGACGCUAAACCAGAGGGGAACGACAAAGAUGAAAGUACGUGUGAAGCCGAGGAGAACAAAGACAGCGAUCACACGCAGGUGCCGGAAGACGAGGAGAAACCCGAAGUGUCGGAGGAAGAGGUGGUCGAUGCGGCGGACGCUGGGAAAGCAGAGGAGGACGGGAAGAAGGACGAGAAGGAGGAGGAGAAAGAAGCAGAAAGCGCUGCGGCGGGAGAGGUUGUGAACGUGGAAGAAGAAACCAAGGCGGCCACCGUCAUCCAGAGUAACUUCAGAGGUCACAAAGAGAGGAAGAGGUUGCAGGAAGAAGGAAAGCUCCCGGCUAAGAAACAGAAAGCGGAAAGUCCCCCUGGGGAAAAAGAAGAAGAAGAAGUGCCCACAGAGAGUAGCGCCGCGGGCGAGGAAGAGCUUCCCAAAGUUGAAACGCCACCAGAGGAAGUCGGCACCAAAGAGGAAGAGGAAUCGACGAAAGCUGGAGAUGCGGCGGGCGAUGCGGCGGGCGAUCCCUCGAGUGACGUCGGGUCCGGAGUCCAAGAGGAGGAGGCCAGAGCGGCCGUGGUGAUUCAGAGCAACUUCCGAGGCCACAAGGAGCGCAAGCGACUCGAGGAGGAAGGGAAGAUCCCGAAGAAGACGAAGAAGAAGGAGGGGGAGGAGGAGAAAGAAGUAAUGCCAGAACCUCCGAAAGAAGAUGGAGAAAAACCGGCAGAGCCGACGGAGGGAUCGGCGGAGGAAUCCACGGCGGACGCUUCCGUGGAGAUCUCGGGGGGUCCGGAGGAGGAAAGGGCCGCCACUGUCAUUCAGAGUAACUUCAGAGGCCACCGGGACCGGAAGAAACUGAGAGCCGAGAAAGAAACGCAAAAGGACGCGGAGGGUGAAGCUGCCGAGGGAGAAGCUGCCGAGGGAGCCGCGGAAGAGGAAACCAAAGAGGAGACCAAAGAGGAGACCAAAGAGGAGGCCGAAGAAAAGGCCGGGGAGGAGGCCGUGGAUGUUGAGGACGUGACGAUAGAGCAUAAAGAGGAGACGGACGCGGAAAAAGAGAGACUGGAGGAGGAGGAGGCCGCGGUGAAGAUCCAGAGCAACUUCAGAGGCUACAAGGAGAGAAAGAACCUCAAGGCCAACAAGCAAACAGUGCGGACAGAAGCUGCGCGACUGGAGAGCUUCUCCAAGCAGGUAUCCAAAACGUCUCAGGACUUCGUGGCCCUGCAGCGGAAGUUGAACGAGAUCAUCCAGGCCCAUCAAUCAAACCCCGAGAACAACGGUAUGUUCGUGAGAGGAAAAGCCAACGCUCCCCGGAAUCACCACUCAAUCGCUGCAGCCGACAAGAGACAGUCGAGGACCCCCCGCCGGACCCAGCAGCCAAAGACCCUGAACACACCAGAGGACUCCACCUAUUACAACCUGAUUCAUCGGUCCGUCCAGGAUGAUAAACGCAACUCCAGGAAAGAGGGGCCAGGACAGCUGCCGGACGUGGACGACCAAGACUACCAGCCGCUGCCCUACAGCAGUUCGGACCCCUGCAUCUCCACCGAGGAGCCGGCGGCGCCCGGCGGCGUGCCCGAGAGGAGGCCGUCCAUCGCGAGGAGAGGCUCCGUGGACGGCGGUCAGGCGGCGGAGCAGACGCCACCGGCUGCCGCCGCCGGUAAACCGCCCAGAGAGAGGGCCGUCACUGAACCCGGGCCUCGCACCCUUGAGAGACCCCCUCUUCCCAGAAUGGCGUCCACAGAGAGUCGCUCCGAGGACAACCCGUUUGACUUCAGACAUCUGCUGAGGAAGACCUCCCAGAGACACAGGCUCAUCAAACAGUACUGACAGAACUGGACUUGUCCACCACUUGGCACAUAAUCUACAUCACAAUCUGAAUGUGGCGAUGUUGUAUCAUUUAUCAUGCUAUAUCUUAUUCAUCUAAGCAUCUUAAAACGAUUGAUAAGUUACGUAUAUGAAAAGCAUUGAUUAUAAGACAUUGCUACUUUAGCUCGUUUUUCUGCAUCAGUUUCCUUUGGUCAAAUAUUUACGGUAUACAACUAUAAUAUAUAUAUAUAUAUGUAUACAUCGUGUAAAUACAAAAUCCAUGCUCCUAUAUUUAAAUACUUUGCAUUUCAACCCAUUUAGACUGUUUCAUCUUUCUGUCAAAUUGUAAGAAAUGUACAUUCUCUCCUGUGCUGUCCUCUCUGUGUGUUGUUCAUUUCAAUGUAAAAGACAUUAAAUUAUUUGUGACGUUGAA